CGUGGAUCUGUUUGUUAAACCGCUGGGCUGGCUCUUUCCUGCGCUUGCGCACACGGGUGUUUUUCCAUGUUACGCAACUAUGUUCUGUCGCUAAGGCUGAAACAUGUCAUUACCAAACAUGUCUGCCUCCAUGGUGGCUAGGGCGACCGUCCGAGCAGUCAGUAAAAGAAAGAUAUUAGCCACUAGAGCGGCUUUAACGCUGGUAAGUGUGUACAAUUACUCCAUUUUAUUAUUUUUCCUCACCAAACUUCAGUGUCGGUGAAAUACUGUUAUGACAUCAUGCUCCGAAGUUACAGAAAGCUAGAUAGCUAUGUCGUCGUUGUCUUUUGGUGGCGUCAAGGGUCAAUCAAAUGCUCAUAAUCCUAGCUAGCUGACUAAACUCAACGUUGAUGACGGACUGUGUGAGCGGACUGGAACUCCGACGUCACAAAAUAUAUAUUUUCUAUAUAUUCAACAACAAAAACGACUGAUUUCAGCACCCAAAGAAUUGCCUGUAAUUACACAAUUUUUAUAACUUCGGAGCUCCAGACCGCCCACAUUACUUGCUGCUCAACUCCAUCGUAACUAGUGGAGUUGAGUUUAAUCAGCUAAAUCCUUGCUAAAUUUCGGAUUUAGGUUUUUACAUAAAUGUGUGGCGAUGAUUGAGAAAUGUGUUUUAACUAGUUAACAUAGCUAGUUUGCUAAAAUCGCUAGCUAGCAAGUGAUUAGGAAUACACUAGCUUUAGCUAGCUAGCUAGCUAACGUUACCUAAGGAAGUUUGUCACGCAUGUCCAAUGACACAGCUAUCUAGCUCCGGGGCCGAUGAGAGGGGAGCAGCACAGUUUCAUCCAUUACAUUUUAAGAUAGCUUGUUAACGUUCGCUGUCUGCAGGCACCGUUUGAAGAUAACGGCCUCUGUGACAUUGUGAUAAAGCAGCUCAGCCCACUGUGACUGCUGCUGGAUAGCCCAGUCAUGAGCCAGUCCCACUGGAGAGUUGGCCAAACUGCUGUUGUGACAUAACAAUGAAAACAUGGUUAUGCGACAUUACGUCAUACAUUACAUUUACAUUUUACAUUUUAGUCAUUUAGCAGACGCUCUUAUCCAGAGCGACUUACAGUUAGUGAAUACAUAUAUAUAUAUUUUUCAUACUGGUCCCCCGAAGAGAUAUUAAGUUUCUUACAUGCCAAUAUAAUCAAAACAAUCUAUGUCUAGGUGUUUUAAUCGGCAUAUGCUUACUUCACUUAUGACCUUUACGCCAAUUAAGAAAAUCUGAGUAAGGUGUUGACAUGACUAUUGCCAAACUCAGAGUAUUACCCUAAUUAGCUUAAUAUUGAAUAAUUAGUGUGCAUGUAAACAUACUCAAUGUAGUAGUCAUUGGUGUCAUAGGUUUGUCUAUGAUCCUAAGAAUUUGUAAGGCUUAGCAAUUUACUUUGCAACUUGUAAUUGAGUUUGCAAAUUGUUUUGUAAGCUUGCAGACGUAGGAUCUUAAUUUGAUCAUCCUUAGAACUUUCCUGCAAUGCAUGUACAACCUGUAGUGUACUCAGGGCUUAAAGAGGCUUCUGAAGUUUGUAAUUUCCACUUUGAAAUUUCUGACUUGAUUUUCUUGUCCGAAAAAUGUAGCAACCCCUACAAAAUGUAUUAUAAAUUAAAAAUGUAUUAUAAUCCACAUAAUUUACAUUUCCUGUUGCUGCAGGACUAUUUCCCUAACAAUUUACAAUUGAAUUAUAGUUCUGUGAGGUCAUAGAAGGCCUGCAAACCUUUACCUACUUGGUGAGGUGCUAAUUUUUUUUUUUUUGGUGAGGGGUGCAAAAAUGUUUGUACCGGCAGAUGUAACCAAUUGAAUACCCUAUCAGUUAUAGAAUAUGCAUUAAAUGCAUCCUCAAAUUGCAAUGUCUGCCUAUGCUACACAUAUUGUCUCAAUAACAUGUUUUAUUUUUAAUACCAUCAAACACCAAGUUAGGCAUAGGCUACCUAAUUUCAAAACAGGCCAUCACUCAUUGUGAAUGAUAAUUCUUUGUUUUACUGGUGAAACGUCCAAACUGAAUCUCCAUGCCAAUCAUAUCAGGGCGGCAGGUAGCUUAGUGGUUAAGAGAGUUGUGCCAGUAACCGAAAGGUCGCUGGUUCUAAUCCCCGAGCCGACUAGGUGAAAAAUCUGUCGAUGUGCCCUUGAGCAAGGCACUUAACCCUAAUUGCUCCUGUAAGUCGCUCUGGAUAAGAGCGUCUGCUAAAUGACCAAUUAUUAUUUAUUUAUAUAUGAUUGAUCUCAAUCAGUUUCAUGGGAAUAUGCAUUUAGGUUUUCUUAAAUUACUGUUUCGCAGAUGGUGUUAAACUAUUAGCCUUUCUUGUAUUUUGUUUCAAUCAAUGCAUAUAUCCUGCCUGAGUUUUGGGGCAAGAUAAAAACAAGUGACUAUUCUGCUUCAGCAAACCAUCCUAAAAUCUCACUAGAAAUUAGGUGUUUUUGAUGUAAUGUUAUAGGCCUACUAUGCAACGUUAUUAUACUGAACAGAAAUAUAAAUGCAACUUGUAAAGUGGUCCCAUGUUUCAAAAGCUGAAAUAAAAGAUCCCAGAAAUUUUCCAUACACACAAAAAGCUUAUUUCUCUCAAAUGUUGUGCACAAAUUUGUUUACAUCCCUGUUAGUGAGCAUUUCUCCUUUGCCAAGAUAAUCCAUCCACCUGACAGGUGUUGCAUAUCAAGAAGCUGAUUAAACAGCAUGAUCAUUACACAGGUGCACCUUGUGCUGGUGACAAAAGGCCACUCUAAAAUGUGCAGUUUUGUCACAACACAAUGCCACAGAUGUCUGAAGUUUUGAGGGAGCGUGCAAUUGGCCUGCUGACUGCAGGAAUGUCCACCAGAGCUGUUACUAGAUAAUUUAAUGUUCAUUUCCCUACCAUAAGCCACAGCCAACGUCGUUUUAGAGAAUUUGACGGUGUCGUUUUAGAGAAUUUGACGGUACGUCCAACCGGCCUCACAACCGCAGACCACGUGUAACCACGCCAGCCCAGGACCUCCACAUCCGGCUUCUUAACCUGCGGGAUCGUCUGAGACCAGCCACCCGGACAGCUGAUGAAACUGUUUGCAUAACCAAACCAUUUCUGCACAAACUGUCAGAAACCGUCUCAGGGAAGCUCAUCUGCAUGCUUGUCGUACUCACCAGGGUCUUGAGCUGACUGCAGUCCGGUGUCGUAACCAACUUCAGUGGGCAAAUGUUCACCUUCGAUGGCCACUGGCACGCUGGAGAAGUGUUCUCUUUACGGAUGAAUCCCGGUUUCAACUGUACCGGGCAAAUGGCAGACAGUGUGUAUGGCAUCGUGUGUGCGAGCGGUUUGCUGAUGUCAACAUUGUGAGCAGAGUGCCCCAUGGUGGGGUUAUGGUAUGGGCAGGUAUAGGCUACAGACAACGAACACAAUUGCAUUUUAUCGAUGGCAAUUUGAAUGCACAGAGAUACUUUGACGAGAUCCUGAGGCCCAUUGAUGUGCCAUUCAGCCACCGCCAUCACCUCAUGCUUCAGCAUGAAAACGCACAGCCCCAUUUCGCAAGGAUCUGUACACAAUUCCUAGAAGCUGAAAAUGUCCCAGUUCUUCCAUGGCCUGCAUACUCACCAGACAUGUCACCCAUUGAUCAUGUUUGGAAUGCUCUGGAUCGGCAGUGUGUUCCAGUUCCCGCCAAUAUCCAGCAACUUCGCACAGCCAUUGAACAAGAGUGGGACAACAUUCCACAGGCCACAAUCCACAGCCUGAUCACAUCUAUGCAAAGGAGAUGUGUCACGCUGCAUGAGGCAAAUGGUGGUCACACCAGAUACUGACUGGUUUUCUGAUCCAUAAAAGGGUAUCUGACUAACCGAAGCGCGUCUGUAUUCCCACUUAUGUGAAAUCCAUAGAUUAGGGCCUAAUCAAUUGAUUUCAAUUGACUGAUGUCCUUAUGAACUUUAACUCGGUGUAAAAAAAUAAUGAAAUAAAUGUUCUGUUUAUAUUUUUGUUCAGUGUAGUUGGUGUGACAGUGUUGUGACUACACUACAGAGGGAUGCAAGGAGUUGAAGUCUCAGAUUAGUCAUAUUUAUAUCUGCUAUCAGAGAUUCCUAGAGUUGCCGUAGGAAGAAUGUGCACAUGAUACUGUCAUCGACUGUGUAGUCAACCCCGUCUCUUCUGGUCUCUCUUCCAGACUCCAUCUGCUGUGAAUAGGAUCAGGACCUUACUAGAGGACAAACCAGAAUACGUGAGUAUCCCUCCAACCUAACCCAACUUCUGCUCCUGGAGACCUCUUUCAGAGCAGGUUUUCGUUCCAGCCGAGCACUGUGUCCAGAUAGGUCUGAAGGUGGUGUGAGGGGGUAGUGGAGUAAUGGUUGUUGUGUUGUGUCCAGAUUGGUGUCAAGGUAGGUGUGAGGACGAGGGGCUGUAAUGGUAUGACCUACACUCUGGACUUCACCAAACAGAAGGAGAAGGCCGAUGAGGAGGUGCUGCAGGAUGGUGAGCAAACACCAUUAUCCCAAAUGACAUUAUCCCAAAUGACAUUAUCCCAACGAUAGCCUAAUGUUAGAGUAACAUCCCCAUUUGGACCACUUUGGAAAACAUGAAUGCUGUCGAGUUAUCCUCUGUGAUCAAUAAUCUUGUUAGAUGUAUUAUUUCACCUACAAUCUAAAUUAAAUUAAAAUCCCCAACAUUAUGUUGACAUGUUCUCCUAAACAUGUUAAGUGAUUUUAUUAUUAUUGCUGUAAAAUACUGAGUGUUAUGGUAGUUGUAAUGUUAAUGUCUCCCCUGCAGGCUUAGUGAUGUUGCGGUAAUGUCUCCCCUGCAGGUGUAGUAAUGUUGCGGUAAUGUCUCCCCUGCAGGCGUAGUGAUGUUGCGGUAAUGUCUCCCCUGCAGGCGUAGUAAUGUUGCGGUAAUGUCUCCCCUGCAGGCGUAGUGAUGUUGCGGUAAUGUCUCCCCUGCAGGUGUAGUAUUGUUGCGGUAAUGUCUCCCCUGCAGGCGUAGUGAUGUUGCGGUAAUGUCUCCCUGCAGGCGUAGUGAUGUUGCGGUAAUGUCUCCCCUGCAGGCGUAGUGAUGUUGCGGUAAUGUCUCCCCUGCAGGCGUAGUGAUGUUGCGGUAAUGUCUCCCCUGCAGGCGUAGUGAUGUUGCGGUAAUGUCUCCCCUGCAGGCGUAGUGAUGUUGCGGUAAUGUCUCCCCUGCAGGCGUAGUGAUGUUGCGGUAAUGUCUCCCCUGCAGGCGUAGUGAUGUUGCGGUAAUGUCUCCCCUGCAGGCGUAGUGAUGUUGCGGUAAUGUCUCCCUGUAGGCGUAGUGAUGUUGUGGUAAUGUCUCCCUGCAGGCGUAGUGAUGUUGCGGUAAUGUCUCCCUGCAGGCGUAGUGAUGUUGUGGUAAUGUCUCCCUGCAGGCGUAGUGAUGUUGCGGUAAUGUCUCCCCUGCAGGUGUAGUGAUGUUGCGGUAAUGUCUCCCCUGCAGGUGUAGUGAUGUUGCGGUAAUGUCUCCCCUGCAGGCGUAGUGAUGUUGCGGUAAUGUCUCCCCUGCAGGCGUAGUGAUGUUGCGGUAAUGUCUCCCCUGCAGGUGUAGUGAUGUUGCGGUAAUGUCUCCCCUGCAGGCGUAGUGAUGUUGCGGUAAUGUCUCCCUGCAGGCGUAGUGAUGUUGCGGUAAUGUCUCCCCUGCAGGCGUAGUGAUGUUGCGGUAAUGUCUCCCCUGCAGGUGUAGUGAUGUUGCGGUAAUGUCUCCCCUGCAGGCGUAGUGAUGUUGCGGUAAUGUCUCCACUGCAGGCGUAGUGAUGUUGCGGUAAUGUCUCCCCUGCAGGCGUAGUGAUGUUGCGGUAAUGUCUCCCCUAUGUAAUGGUGUAUAAUAUUAAUUAGAGCUGUCCAAUAAUUUAAUUGUGAUUUAAUUGAAUGUUUUGAAUUUGCUCUAAUUUGGCCCUAAAGAAAGAGUUUUCCAUUUUAAAAGCAGUGUAUUGUGUUCCAGCUUUGACUGUAAGGGACGGAAACACAAGAAUCUUAUGUUUUUAAUAAUAUUUUCACCAUAAAACACAAGUCACUAACAUCCAGCUAUUAGGUCUCUCUUUAUGUAGUGUUGUGGCGUCUCUCUUUAUGUAGUGUUGUGGCGUCUCUCUUUAUGUAGUGUUGUGGCGUCUCUCUUUAUGUAGUGUUGUGGUGUCUCUCUUUAUGUAGUGUUGUGGUGUCUCUCUUGUCGUGAUGUGUGUUUUUGUCCUAUAUUUUUAUCCCCCGUCCCCGCAGGAGGCCUUUUGCCUUUUGGUAGGCCGUCAUUGUAAAUAAGAAUUUGUUCUUAACUGACUUGCCUAGUUAAAUAAAAAAUAAUGCUCCCAUGUUUCAGUAGGCCGACUCUCUCUUAUCAAUGUUCUUCAAGUUAAGGUGCUGUUUAGAAUGUUUGCGUUGUAAUUUCAGAAAAUGUAUGUAAUGCAUCAGCAGUAAUGGCGGAAUGAUAGUUUCACAUUAUGACUUACCGCCAGUGUUGCCAUUGGCAGGGAUAUUCACCUAUUGAUUUCUCCCUCCGGAGUGGAAAGCUGUUCUGUUCUGGCUUUGGCUGUGUUAUCUAGUGGAAAUCGCUCGUAUCAUUUCCUGGUUGCGAAAAUACUACAUUGUUUACUCAAUUUCAGUUUAUUUGAGAAAACAAGCACUGACUAGUGUAGGUAAUCAUUGUACCAUCUAAAUCGCAAAACAUAUAGUUUUUGUAGCUGGUUUUGGUCCACCAGCUUAUAACAGCUGUAAAAACAAUAUUAUUUUUUGUUCUUAAAUAUUUCACAGUGAUUUAGAUGGUACAAUGCUGCGCUUAAAAUGUGAAGAAAUAAGUUUAGCACCAUUUUAAGGUAAACUUUCUGAUCUGUUGCAUCAGACUGACUGAUUGCCUUCGGAAAGUAUUCAGACACCUUGACCUUUUCCUCAUUUUGUUAAAGCCUUCUUCUAAAAUGGAUUAAAUCUUUUUUUUCUCAUCAAUCUACACACAACACCCCAUAAUGACAAUGCGAAAACAGGUUUUUAGACAUUUUUGCAAAUGUAUAAAAAUGAGAAAUACCUUAUUUCCAUAAGUAUUCAGACCCUUUGAUAUGAGACUCCAAAUUGAGCUCAGGUGCAUCCUGUUUCCAUUGAUCAUCCUUGAGAUGUUUCUACAACUUGAUUUGGAGUCCACCUGUGGUAAAUUCAAUUGAUUGGACAUGAUGUGCAUGUCAGAGCAAAAACCAAGCCAUGAGGUCGAAGGAAUUCGUCCGUAGAGCUCAGAGACAGGAUUGUGUCGGGGCACAAAUUGGGGAAUUUCUGCAGCAUUGAAGGUCCCCAAGAACAGUGGCCUCCAUCAUUCUUAAAUGGAAGAAGUUUGGAACCACCAAGACUCUUCCUAGAGCUGGCCGCCCGGCCGAACUGAGUAAUCGGGAGAGAAAGGCCUUGGUCAGGGAGGUGACCAAGAACCCGAUGGUCACUCUGACAGAGCUCCAGAGUUCCUCUGUGGAGAUGGGAGAACCUUCCAGAAGGACAACCAUAUCUGCAGCACUCCACCAAUCAGGCCUUCAUGGUAGAGUGGCCAGAUGGAAGCCACUCCUCAGUAAAAGGCACAUGACAGCCCGCUUGGAGUUGAAUGCCGAGCGUCACGUCUGGAGGAAACCUGGCACCAUCCCUACGGUGAAGCAUGGUGGUGGCAGCAUCAUGCUGUGGGGAUGUUUUUCAGCGGCAGGGACUGGGAGACUAGUCAGGAUCGAGGGAAAGAUGAUUGGAGCAAAGUACAGAGAGAUCCUUAAUGAAAACCUGCUCCAGAGCGCUCAGGACCUCAGACUGGGGUGAAGGUUCACCUUCCAACAGGACAACGACCCUGAGCACACAGCCAAGACAACACACGAGUGGCAAGUCUCUGAAUGUCCUUGAGUGGCCCAGCCAGACCCCGGACUUAAACCCGAUCGAACAUCUCUGGAGAGACCUGAAAAUAGCUGUGCAGCGACGCUCCCCAUCCAACCUGACAGAGCUUGAGAGGAUCUGCAGAGAAGAAUGGGAGAAACUCCCCAAAUACAGGUGUGCCAAGCUUGUCGCGUCAUACCCAAGAAGACUCGAGGUUGUAAUCGCUGCCAAAGGUGCUUCAACACAAAAGGUGCAACCCACCUAGUAGUGAAGGACAUUCAACAAGCACAGCACUUACACAAAUGACUGAUUUGCUGAGAGAAAGUGAUGAUAAAAAGAUUGGGGGGGCUGUUUUGUUAAGACUUCAGUGCGGCUUUUGACAUUCGAUCAUAGUCUGCUGCUGGAAAAACGUAUGUGUUAUGGCUUUACACCCCCUGCUAUAAUGUGGAUAAAGAGUUACCUGUCUAACAGAACACAGUGUGUUCUUUAAUUGGAGGCCUCUCCAACAUAAUCCAGGUAGAGUCAGGAAUUCCCCAGGGCAGCUGUCUAGGCCCCUUACUUUUUUCAAUCUUUACUAAUGACAUGCCACUGGCUUUGAGUAAAGCCAGUGUGUCUAUGUAUGCGGAUAACUCAACACUAUACAUGUCAGCUACUGCAGCGAGUGAAAUCCCUGCAACACUUAACAAAGAGUUGCUGUUAGUUUCGGAAUGGGUGGCAAGGAAUAAGUUAGUCCUGAAUAUUUCCUAAACUAAAAAUUGUAUUUGGGUCAAAUCAUUCACUAAACCUCAUCUAAAUCCUGUAAUGAAUAAUGUGGAAAUUGAGCAAGUUGAGGUGACUAAACUGCUUGGAGUAACCCUGGAUUGUAAACUGUCAUGGUCAAAACAUAUUGAUACAACAGUAGCUAAGAUGGGGAGAAGCCUGUCCAUAAUAAAGCGCUGCUCUACCUUCUUAACAGCACUAUCAACAAGGCAGGUCCUACAGGCCCUAGUUUUGUCACACCUGGACUACUGUUCAGUCGUGUGGUCAGGUGCCACAAAGAGGGACUUUACAAUUGUCUCAGAACAGGGCAGCACGGCUGGCCCUUAAAAGUACACAGAGAGCUAACAUUAAUGACAUACAUGUCAGUCUCUCCUGGCUCAGAGUGGAAGACAGAUUGACUUCAUCACUGCUUGUUUUUGUAAGAGGUGUUGACAAGCUGAAUGUACCGUCUGUUGUUUGGAAUACUGGCACACAGCUCGGACACCCAUGCAUAGCCCACAAGACAUGCCACCAGGGGUCUCUUCACAGUCCCCAAGUCCAGAACAGACUAUGGGAGGCGCACAGUACUACAUAGAGCCAUGACUACAUGGAACUCUAUUCCACAUCAGGUAACUGAUGCAAGUAGUAAAAUCAGAUUUUAAAAACAGGUAAAAAUACACCUUAUGGAACAGCGGGGACUGUAAAGAGACACACACAAGGGUAUAGACACAUGCAUACCAACACAUUGGGAUAUUGUUGUAUGACGGUAUUAAACAUUUUGUAUUGUAGAUAGGUAGUGGUGUAAUAAUGUCAUAUGAUGUACUGUUUUAUAUGUAAUGUAAGUGCUUUAAUAUGUUUGGACCCCAGGAAGAGUAGCUGCUGCCUUGGCAAAUACAAGUCAAAGUACUGAGUAAAGGGUCUGAAUAUUUGUUUUAAAUACAUUUGCAAAAAGUUCUAAAACCUGUUUUUUCUUUGUCAUUAUGGGGUAUGGUGUGUAGAUGAGGGGGGAAAACGAUUUACCGUAUUUUCCGCACUAUAAGGCCCAACCGGAGUAUAAGCCGCAGCAGCUAAAUUGAAUGAUAUUGAAUGAUGUGUACAUAUAUAAGCCGCACUGGACUAUAAGCCGCAGGUGUUUUAAUGUUUAAUUACCAUAUUUAAGGGUUCGUGCACAGAGGGGAUUGUCGGGAAAGAGAUGGCUGCUUGAGGAAGCUCCCAUUUAUUAACAUUUCAACAAACAAGUUGCAUAUUUGCAUAACGUAUUCAAGUGUUACCAUUUAGUGCAAUAGUAGCUACAGAACAUAUACUGUGCUGUGUAAACUGUACUGUAUCACAUAGCGUUUCAGACACACAAACUUUUCAACACUGCUCUCGUUCUGUCUCUCGUACCACUCUCGGUUCCACUUUUGCGCGCUACCUGUCUCACUCUUUUCCGGCCUCCAGCUUUUCCUGCUGGAGCCCGCCGCUUAAAGGUGGGGGGCGCGGACCGGUCAUAGAGCCCAUAGAGUUAAAGUUGGUGGACUGUAACCUGUAAAAUCCAUAGAUUUAGGAGGUCUUCUAGUGGCCGUUAGCUGUAAAAAUCCAUAGAUUAGCCGCACCGUUAUAUAAGCCGCAGGGUCGAAAAAUGGGGGAAAGGGCGUGGCUUAUAGUCCGAAAAUUACGGUAAUCCAUUUUAGAACAAGGCGUAACUUAAUGAAAUGUGGAAAAAUUCAAGGGGUCUGAAUACUUUCCGAAUGCACUGUAUGAAUUCGGGAUCUAUCGUCUCACAGCUGUCCCAGAGUCGGCUAUUUAGGAAUAGGCAAGCUGACCAAUAGAAUAGGUAGCCAAAAUGUGUUUUCUAUAGUAGAUUGCUGUUAGGUACUGGUCCUGUUGGCUGAGGAAGAGUAAACGUGGAUAGUUAUUUUAACAUCUUCAAAGUGCACAUCAGAAUUGGGUAAGAAGGACCACAACCGCACGUUGUUACUUCCUUGACUUGGGAUGUUCUGUUUUAACAUGGUCAUUCAUAUUUUUAAAGGUGGUCUGUCAUCUGAGCACCAAUGGGUGGACGGCCUAAUCAGGUCACACACCCAUUUAGUAUGAGGACGUUUUUAAAUGCUGCUGGGUAAAUGUCCGGCGCCACAGUUUCCCAACGGAAACCCUGGGACAGGCACAGCGUCAGCAGAGUGGUGUGUUGCGCUUAAAAGGGUCCAUGCAGUGAAGAAAUGGAGAUGCAAUUAACAGCACAUAAAUAAUUUACAGCAUUAAAAAUGUCACGCAAUAACUUUGACAGCCCUAAUAAUAAUGUGUCCUCUCCUGCAGGUGUGCGUGUAUUCAUAGAGAAGAAGGCCCAGCUGACUCUGCUGGGGACAGAGAUGGACUUUGUGGAGUCCAAGCUGUCCAGUGAGUUUGUCUUCAACAACCCCAACAUCAAGGGCACCUGCGGCUGUGGCGAGAGCUUCAACAUCUGAGAGAGUCAAACGUCUCCCUCGCACAUACACACUCACCACCCACAAACCCCUCGCGCCCACACUCACCACCCACAAAACCCCUCGCGCCCACACUCACCACCCACAAAACCCCUCGCGCCCACACUCAC